UAGGAAAGGCCGGUGUGCGCACUACAGCCAGACGGCCAGACUCCUAACAGCAGCUCUCAGACUCGGGCUGGGUAGAGGGGCCCACAACACCAGCACCUGGGUCUUCAAGUCAUCUAUCCUCCAGCGUAGGGCAGCGGCGCGGCGCGAAGCCCCGUCCCCGCCCCCCGGUGCCGCGCCCAUUGGCUGGGAUCCUCGUCGACCCCGCCCAGCGAUUGGCCCGCCUGGCUAUAACGCAUGCGCAUAAGCCUACCGCCGCCGCCGCCGCCGCCGCUUCAGCACCAGAGCCCGGACAGCGGCGCCGCCCACGGGCAUGGACGGUGGUAGCGGCAGCAGCGAUCCGGCUCCCGGCCCGGGUCCGGAAGGGGAGCAGCAGCCCGAGGGGGAGCCUUUGGCCCCAGAUGGCAGCUCCCUGGACAGGUCCCAGAGCAAGGCUGUGGCCCCCGAGGCCAGCCCAGAGAAAAGCUGCUCCCUCCACAGCUGCCCCCUUGAGGACCCUUCCAUUUCCUCGGGACCCCCACCAGCAACUUCCACCCUCCAGCCUGUGGGCCCGUCCAGCCCCUUGGCCCCCUCCCACUUCACCUAUCCCCGGCCACCACAGGAAUACCGGGGGGGCAGCUCCCUGCCAGGGCUUGGGGACCGGGCAGCACUGUGUUCCCAUGGCUCCAGCCUCAGCCCUUCCCCAGCCCCCUCACAGCGUGAUGGGGCCUGGAAGCCGCCGUCUGUGCAGCACCAUGUGGUCAGCGUCAGACAGGAACGGGCCUUCCAGAUUCCAAAGAGCUAUUCCCAGCUGAUUGCUGAGUGGCCAGUGGCCGUGCUGCUGCUGUGUCUGGCUGUCAUCCUCCUCUGCACUCUGGCUGGACUCUUGUGGGGCCAGCUACCCGACUUCUCCAAGCCCUUGAUGGGCUUUGAGCCUCGGGACACGGACAUCGGGCGCAAGCUAGUGGUCUGGAGAGCGCUGCAGGCCCUCACAGGUCCCAGGAAGCUGCUUUCCCUUUCUCCAGACCAUGAGCUGAACAGCUCAAGCCCCCUCACCACUCGGAGCCCUGCACCCUGGAGCAGUGCCCAGGAGGGCAUGGUCCGGCCUCAGAGGAUGGUGGAACCCCUGGAGGACAAAGGGCAGGAGAGUUUCUUCUGCGGCCCUCCUGAGAAGAGCUAUGCACAGCUGGUGUUCAUGUCCACCUCAGCGGGCAGCCUGUGGAACCUGCACGCCAUUCAUUCCAUGUGUCGCAUGGAACAGGACCAGAUCCGCUCCCAUACCCGCUUUGGGGCUCUGUGCCGCCGUACAGCAGCCAACGAGUGCUGCCCCAGCUGGUCCCUGGGCAACUAUGUGGCCGUACUCUCCAACCGCUCCUCCUGCCUGGACACUACUCAAGCUGACACAGCCCGCACGCUGGCCCUGCUGCGGGCCUGUGCCCUCUACUACCACCGCGGUGCCCUGGUGCCCUCUUGUCUGGGACUCGGGAAGGACAAGCCCCCACACUGUGCCCAGGUUCCCACCAAGUGCUCCCGGAGCAGUGCUGUCUACCAACUCCUGCACUUUCUGCUGGACAGGGACUUUCUGAGUCCCCAGACUGCUGACUACCAGGUGCCCUCCCUCAAGUACAGCCUGCUCUUCCUGCCCACCCCAAAGGGUGCCUCCAUGAUGGGCAUCUACCUGGAUCGCCUGGUUGCUCCCUGGGGGCUCUCUGACAACUACACAUCCAUCACUGGCAUGGACCUGGGCCUUAAGCAGGAGCUGCUGAGGCACUACCUGGCCCAGGAUACGGUAUACCCCUUGCUGGCCCUGGCUGCCAUCUUCCUCAGCAUCGCCCUCUACCUGCGCUCCCUCUUCCUCACACUCAUGGUGCUGCUCGGGGUGCUGGGCUCCCUGCUGGUUGCCUUUUUUCUUUAUCGAGUGGCCUUCCGGAUGGCCUACUUCCCCUUUGUCAAUCUGGCGGCCCUCGUCCUGCUGAGCAGCGUCUGUGCCAACCACACCCUCAUCUUCUUCGACCUGUGGCGCCUCAGCAAGAGCCAGCUGCCCUCCGGGGGGCUGGCGCAGCGCGUGGGCCGCACCAUGCACCACUUCGGCUACCUGCUGCUGGUCUCGGGCCUCACCACCGGAGCCGCCUUCUACGCCAGCUACCUGAGCCGCCUCCCGGUCGUGCGCUGCUUCGCCCUCUACAUGGGCACGGCUGUGCUGGCGCACCUGGCGCUCACGCUGGCCUGGCUGCCCUCCUCGGCCGUGCUCCACGAGCUGCCCACUCUGCCGCCGCCCGGCGGCCAGGUCUUCCGGCCCAGCCACCCCUUCGAGCGCUUCGACGCCGAGUACCGCCAGCAGUUCUUGUUCCAGCAGCUGCCUCAGGGCGAGGGUGGCCACAUGCCCGUAGUUUUGGUGUGGGGCAUCCUGCCCGUGGACACCGGUGACCCCCUGGACCCUCGCAGCAACAGCUCACUGGUGAGUGACCCGGCCUUCUCGGCCAGCAGUCCUGAGGCCCAGCGCUGGCUGCUGGCACUCUGCCACGGAGCACGGAAUCAGAGCUUCUUUGGGGCCCAGCCGGAGGGCUGGUCCACGUUGUGCUUCGUGGAGGCCCUCCAGCACUGGAUGGAGAGCCCUAGGUGUGCCCGCCUGGGGCCUGGCCUCUGCUGUGGCCACUCAGGCUUCCCCUGGGCCCCCCAGCUUUUCCUACACUGCCUCAAGAUGAUGGCUCUGGAGCAAGAACCCGAGAGCACCCGUGACCUGGGACUCCGCUUCAAUACCCAGGGCAGUCUGGCCGCCUUGGUCCUGCAGUUCCAGACCAACUUCCAGUAUAGUCCCGACUACAGCCAGGGCCACCACUUCUACACUGAGGUCAGCCACUGGCUGGCAGCAGAGCUGGGCAGGGCACCUCCUGGCCUCCGCCGGGGCUGGUUCACGAGCCAUCUGGAGCUAUACAGCCUGCAGCACAGCCUGAGCACCGAGCCUGCUGUGGUGCUGGGCCUGGCUCUGGCGCUGGCCUUUGCCACACUGCUACUGGGCACCUGGAAUGUUCCUCUUAGCCUGUUCUCUGUGGCAGCUGUGGCAGGCACCGUGCUGCUCACUGUGGGGCUCCUGGUUCUGCUCGAGUGGCAGCUCAACACUGCCGAGGCCCUCUUUCUUUCUGCCUCUGUGGGCCUCUCGGUAGACUUCACUGUCAACUACUGCAUCUCCUAUCACCUGUGCCCACACCCUGACCGCCUGAGCCGCGUGGCCUUCUCGCUGCGCCAGACCAGCUGUGCCACGGCAGUGGGGGCUGCAGCUCUGUUCGCAGCCGGUGUGCUCAUGCUCCCUGCCACGGUGAUGCUCUAUCGCAAGCUGGGUAUCGUCCUCAUGAUGGUCAAGUGUGUCAGCUGCGGCUUUGCCAGCUUCUUCUUUCAAUCUCUCUGCUGUUUCUUUGGACCAGAGAAAAACUGUGGGCAGAUCCUCUGGCCUUGUGCCCACCUGCCGUGGGACGCUGGAAGUGGGGAACCUGGUCCAGAGAAGGCAGGCCGCCCACGGCCAGGGCCAGUGGGAGGGGCACCCGGGUCCUGCUCAGAGCAGUACGAGUUACAGCCCCUGGCACGGCGCCGGAGCCCCAGCUUUGACACCAGUACAGCCACCAGCAAGCUAUCCCACCGGCCCUCAGUGCUCUCUGAGGAUCUACAGCUGCAUGAUGGCCCCUGCUGCUCCAGGCCUCCGCUGGCCCCUGCCUCCCCACGGGAGCUGUUCCUGGACCACCAGGCAGUCUUCAGGCAGUGCCCAGCCCUGCAGACCUCCUCACCCUAUAAGCAGGUUGGCCCCAGCCCCAAAACCUGGACCAGGAAGGACUCCCAAGGGCAGAAGGCUGAGCCAGCGCAGCCCUUACCAGAAGCCCCAACCCACUCCCCCAAGCCCCAGCCCCAGGUUGUGGAGCCUCCAGAUUGCCUCUGUUCCUCAGCCAGCACCCUGGAGGGGCUCAGCGUCUCUGACGAGACCUGCCUAAGCACCUCUGAGCCAAGUGCCCGCGUGCAGGAUUCCGUGGGUGCCUCCCCAGAGGAUGCAGACGAAACUGAGCCAACAGUACCUGAGCGAGGCCAGCUGAAUGAGAAGCGGGACACCCUGUGGCUGGCACUGCGGGAGACUGUGUACGAUCCAUCACUGCCUGCCUCCCACCAGAGCAGCUCGUCCUGGAAGGGCCGUGGGGGGCCAGGGGAUGGCAGCCCUGUGGUGCUGCCUAACAGCCAGCCAGAUCUGCCAGACGUUUGGCUGCGCAGGCCCAGUACCUACACUUCAGGCUACAGUAGCUGAGGGAGGCCCUGGGAGGCUGGACUGGAGCACAGAGCCUGUCAGGGAUGACACUGCAGGGGCAGCACCAGGCUGGAGCCUGCUGGUGUUUCUCCACAUCAGCAUGAAGAAGGCUCACCCUCCAGCUGUGGAUUUCCAGCCUGCCAGAUGAUCCAGCCUUGGCCUGGGCUGCUGCUUACUCCCCACAUCUGGAGGAUUCAGUGGGGAAGGUCUUCGGAGUGAAAAGCCAAGCUCUCCUCAUGAUCUGCUGAGGGCUCAUCUGUCCCCACAGUGCCAACCAGGACCCACACUGUGGAAGGGGGAAAACCAGAUGUGUACCUCUAUGUAUUAGGCAAGGCUGACCCAGCCCCCAUGUCAAGUGGCAAGUUCAGUGAGACUAAGGGACCCAGUCCUUAGGACCCUGCAGGGACACCUCACCAACCAAAAGAGCCCUGGGAAAUCUCAGCAUCCCCCUGGGCCUCACACCUUCCAGGGGUUCUUUAUCAGGAUACUUCUUUCUCUUUGGGGAGCUUCUCUGGGCCAGAAUUGGGCUAAGUCCUCUGGCCUGAACUGCCCUGCCCCCCUCACAUUCCCCAAUCUGACCAGAAAUUUGUCAAGGCCAGACAGAAAUGGCUGCUGGGAAUGAAGCUGGAGGAGGAUGGUCAGCCUCAGAGCAUCCCUAAAUUGCUGGAUGGUCCCUCACAGGAAGCUGCUCUGGCACGGAAGAGUCCUCUCCCCUAUUAACAAAUAGGAAUCCUUUAUGCCCUGCAUCUUUUCUUUAACAGAAAACUCUUCCACACCCAUUGUUUCCUGGGAAUAUCACCAUUUCAGUAUGGGGUAGCCUGCAGUUGGCCCUGUCCUUUUGCCCCCGAUUUAUAGGUAAAGGUGUUGAGACUAGUAAGGUUGUUUUACACAAAGCCACAUAGCUAGUAACUGGCUGAGCAGGUUUCCUGACUCACUCCACCACAGCUGCACUCUCCUCCUGGCUGCCUGCCCCAGAGACAUUGGCCUGUGCCUGUCUUGAUCUUUCACCUGUGACAUUCUCAAGCAACCUGCCUUGCACGUGUCUCUGAGUAAACUCCCCUCCUUCCUCCCUUUGGGCCUCCAUCUCCAGAAAGAGCCCCAGUCUGAGCAUGCCUGGAUUUCCUCCCCAAUUCCCCUGUGCUUCCCUCCAGCUGCAGCUGAGAUGCCUACUAUCCGGGAGGCUUUCAGGCUGAUCUGAUUCCCAGGGUCAGGGUCGGGACAUAUCUCUUCCAAUGGCCACCGUGUGUGGAAAGCCCCUGCCAGGAGAGGCAUUGAGGGCAGCAGAGGUUGAGCAGAGUUCAGUAAAGGCAGGAGCUCAGGCCUGCCCUCUUUGGGAGUAAGUCUGAAGCUAUUCCCUAGGUCAGGAUCCCAGCUUCUAAGGACAGAUCUCUCUGGGGGCACUCCGCAGACCAAAGGCUGGCUCCCCCUCCCCAAAGUAAAGGGUCUCUCUGGAAGGUUUUAUCCCACAUGAGAGCUCAUGACGCCUGGAGCAUCAGCAGGUUCACUGAACACCAACUCUGCAGACAGCACUGCAAGCGGACAGAGCUGCGGAAGGAAAGUUGAACAUCUGCCCUUAAGGAGCUCACCGUCUAGCUGAGGAAACAGCUCACACAUACAUGCAGGCAUCAGUGGGUCACUGAUGGCACCAGGCCGUGCUGAGGGCCAUAUGCCUGUCACCAUGAGUACUGCUGGAGCUCAGGUACCCAGAACUGGUAACCAGGAAGGCUUCCUAGAGGAGGAAUGACUUGAGCUGGGCAUCAGAAGUCCAAGUAUCUCAGACUGGAAGGGACCUUAACAAUCAUUUAUUUCAGCAGUUUUCAAACUUUGAAGCCCUAGGACCUUUCUUCAAAGAAUCCUUAUGUGGACACACAGGAUAUAAAGCAGAUAAAAAGCAGCCACUCUGGUGGGCACUGAGAGGGGGGAGUACAGAGCCAAGUCAGCCUCACUUUCUACUGCGCCUUUCAUGGGGCCCUGGGGACAUUUCAGGCUCCUGGCAGCUCCACAGAAUGUGGUAUGAAAACCACUGAUCCAGGUCAUUUUAUGGUUGAGCAUCACAGAGGGGAAGGGGUUUUUCUAGGGUCAGUCUGUGGCAGAGCUGGAGGCAAAUCAGGGGGUGUUUUUGUUUUGUUUUGUUUUGUUUUUCCAAUAUUGUUGAGACCUACCUCCAACUCCAAGAAGCGCGUGAGAAGUGGGGCAGAAAGCCCAAUGACAUGGGAGUUGUGGAAGAGACAGAAGACCACGGGCAGGAGUGACAGUUACGUCAACUCCUUUGCACGAUAAGUAAAUGAAACCCAUCUGACUCCUGAUACCAGGAAGGAGAGGCAGUGACUAGCACCUAACUUGGACCAUCUCCCUGGAGGUCUGCUGGGACCUCCUUCUCUUCAUGUCUGAGUAAAAGUCAGCCUCUCUGUCCUGGCUUCUCUACAUCAUGGACUGGAUCCUUCUGUAUUCUCACAGCCAGACUGAGAGAGCACUAGUCUCAACUGGGACCAUCAGCCAGGAGGACAAGGGAGCUCUUCCUCCUUGAGCAGAAGUCGGGCCUUGACUCAAGACAGUCCAGCAUCUUAGUUGCCUCUCAGUGAUUCACCACGGCUCUUCUGCCCCAUGUUGUGGGAGGGCAGCUGGGCCCUGGACCAAAAGAACCUGCUCCCCCACACUCUCUUUCAUUUCUUGCAGGGAGAGACACUGAUGUCUGGGACUGGAGCUUCAAAAACUUGGCCCAAACACAACCAGUGAAAUGUCUGAGAGUAUAUGAAGGGGUGGGUGGGGUGGGCAUCAAGGAUCUGGGUACAACCGAGAGCCCUCCUUGGGGAUUUCUGGGCUCCAUCCAUGCAGGCCAUGGCCACACAACCCUUCAGGAAGGCAGAUGAGCCAGAGCAGCUGAGGUACUGACUGGAUUUGUUCUUUACACAGUCAGGCCCAAAGGACUGGAAGAACCCAGUUGUAAUCUAAACCAUCACCUCACACCUAGAGUGGCCCAAGCCGACAGCAGGCAUCCCACCCACACCAGUGGAUCAUCCAGCCCUCCUCUCUAGCCCCAAGUUUGGAAAGCAGAAUGUGAAGCAUUUUCCAUUUCCUUUGAGUUUUAGCAGAUCUAUUUAUUAUCAUUAUGGGUGGUUACAGUGAGUGUAUGGCCCUCAACACACAUAUGGGGAGAGGCUUGGACGGAUGCUAUGAAGCAGGCAGGGGAAACCAGCCAAAGCAUUCAUGCUUGCUCUGGAGCAUUCAAGAAAUGGCUUCUUAACACUGAGACCCUCCUUUAACACUCUUUUGGGACUUGAGGUCAUUUCUCCUAUCUGUGCCACAGAUCCAUGAACUCACACCCAGAGAUGAGUGUGCGUGCUGUAUGUUUUAAAAAUGUAACUUGGUGUAGUUUGUUACUACAGGAAAACUCAUCCCUCCAUAGCUGUGGCACUUUGGGGACAAGGUUAGAGACUAAUUUGACUGGCAACAUCUUAGAUUUUACUGGCAGAUGGCCUAUCCCAUACCGUGAUAUGAGGCAAUAUCUCAGCUUGAGCCUGAUUCUGAAAGAGACAUCUCACAAGAGAUUAAUAAGCCAAACAUCCUCAGUCCCCUCCAACUCAUUCCAGCCUCUCCUGGUGCAUGACAAGACAGGGAGGCAGGGGAAGGGUAUCAGGAAAGAGGACACACUGGGGAGUUUCUGAUCUUUUCUUCCAUGGUGGGCUUAUCUCAGCUUUUGAUAAUACACGUGGUCAAUGACAAGCUCUCUGGCCCCCACACCAUGCAUCAAGAUCCCCUUUGCUUGGGGGUAGAAAAAACAGACAUCCCUCACCCUUGUUCACAGGGACGACAGUAACUGAAGGUGUUGGAGGUGUUUACGCUUAAGAGGAGAAAUUGUAACUCAAAUCACUGGGAAGAUGAGAAACGAAAGCCACUGUGUGAUAUGUAAAUGACUGGCUGUCCCAAGCCACCCUGUGCUGAAGAGCCCUGGAAGGACCUCGAUAAACUUAUCA